AAAAGGGGUUGAUAAAAUUAACAGGUUAUCAUUAAACGAGAUAAAAGCGGACGGAGCGAUCGCAAAUCAACUUGAAAGAUGAAUUCUGCAGUUUUGUGGUUCGUUUUGCUGUUAUGUAGCUUGAGUCUUGCCCAGGAUGAAAGUACUGCAAGUGAAAUCCAGUCAUGCACCCCUGACAUGUGUGAACUUCUGAAAGACUUCAGUGCUAUGAAGGAAAAACUCAAAUCCAUGGAGGACCAGAUUGUUGAACUGAAGAGCACAGAAAGAACCAAGGUGAUAUUCAGUGCAGCAACAGGAGGAGGAAGUGCAAACAUUGGACCCUUCAACACAAACAGAACAUUAAUAUACAGAACGGUGAUUACAAACAUCGGUAACGCCUACAAUCAGUCCACAGGUAUCUUCACAGCGCCCGUUGUUGGUGUUUAUUACUUUUCCAUCUUCUAUCAUUCUGGCAAACGAUAUGGUGCAAAGCUGAAUCUCUUCAAGAACGACGAGCUCAUGGCCAUGACACAUGAUCACAAGUCGGAUUCAAGUGAUAAUGGAGGAAACGCAGUGUUCCUGCAGCUGCAGCAAGGAGACCAAGUGUACGUGCUCCUGUCUGAAAACUCGUACGUCUGGGGAUCCGACCACCAUACGACGUUCAGUGGCUUUUUGGUUACUGAAAUGUGAGAUAUAUUGUGUAUCUACACAUUCUGAACUUUGGUCUGUGGGUAUCUCAAACACAAGUGGACCAGACGUUCAAUGAGAAUUCCUAUGAUGAUAUUCAUCUCACUGACUAUGAAAUCUGUAGUUUUGAUUUUCUGUGACAUUUCCCAUCUGCUACAGCCAUCAAUCCUGAAUUGUACGCACCGUGAAAUAACACAUUUGUUCAAUGUGCAAGAAACUUAAACGGAUAAGAAACAUAUGACAAAUUAGAGGUAAGAACAGGUGUAAUGAUGUAUUGGUGUGAUUUCAUUUGUUGAUACGUGUGCUAUAGUGCAAUAAAAGGAUUUGUCCCAACAUAAAA